CCUCUCCGUGCCCCCUCCUCCGGCACUCGAGUCCCCGCCCAACCCGCACACCUCUGGGCUACUACUUACUUGCGCCGUCCCGGAACCCAACCAAGCUUCCCAGGUCCUAGUCUCCCGAUCCAACUCGUUCCCUGAGAGUUCUGUCUCUCCCACCCAGCUGGCUUUCCCUCUGCCCUACCCCCGCUCCCGCCCCACCAGCUCGCCUUCCCCAGGUACCCUCCAGACCCGCCUCCCCCGGCCCGGAGAUUGUACAAUGCCCAAACCUGCCCUAGUUGCUCUCCUGCUGACAGCGGCAGCCCUGCCCCGAGGUGCUUCUCUGAGCUGCUUCUCCUGCUCCAAACCCACAGCCCUGUCUCUUUGUACUGAUGUAGUCAAUUGUUCAACCACCGAGGGAUGGUGUCAAACCAUGCUGCUGUCUCUGCAAUCUGGUUAUCCCUUCAUUGAGGAGAAAACAGUUCAGCGGGGAUGUGUGGCCUCCUGUAUUCCCACAGAACCUGAGGCCGUUGGAGAAUCUCAACCCAUCCUCUGUUGCAACACUGAUCUCUGUGUGGACAGUGGGGCCCUGGUGCCCCGAGGGUCCCGCCUUACCUUGAUUGGAAUCCUGUCAGCCCUGCUCAGCCGAUGCUAGCUGAUGAGGCCACCAACACAUCUAUGUAACGAAGGCACUGCACUUGAUCCCUGAAACUACUGAAUUUCCACAAAUAUAUUUGAAUGUCAUCCCUUUUUCAUUUGUCACCAAGGAGAAAAACAAGACCAUCCCUAUCAUAAAGAAAUAUUUCGGCUUCUGAAACCAACAUGAUUCAUAAUAAUCCUAGUUAGCCUUUGAAAUCUGAGAUCAGACAGAAGCCCAAUUUGUUGAGUUUGCUGAUUAGCCAUGGCUAGGGAUUACAAGCAACUCCAGAAAGUGCUUUUGUUUUCUGCUCAAUAUCCAACAGAAGAGCUCAAGAAUUGAAAAAUUAAUCAGGUGGGACCUGAAAGUUAAUUAACCAGGACCUUGCAUAGAAAUCGGAAUAUACAAGCCUAGAGAAGAUAUUAAAAUUCUUUUAUUCACAA